AUGAACUCCAAAGGGAUCUUACUAGCUUUUCUCGUUAUUUAUUUCGCUAGUGUUCUAGCUUAUGCACAAGUAUGUAACAACUGCGAAAUUGGACCAGAUUCUGGCUAUGGUAACGGCAACAGCAAUCGAAACUGGCGAACAACAACUCAAAGAUAUAAUUAUGAUAAUGGAGGUUAUGGAGACAAUAGAGGAAACGGAGGGUAUGGCAGCAAUGGUGGAUCACAAGGAGGUGGUCGAGGAUCAAAUGGUGGAUGUUAUUGUGAUAAUUCAGGAUGUUAUGGCUGCAGUAUUGGAAAAUAG